CAGCUGUCCUUCAUGACAACAGAAGCCACAGAAAUCCUCCUCAUCAAAAACAUGACUUUGAUCUGCGUCCUCAUCUGGACUCUCCUCUGCUGCUGCUUCACAGAGUCCAGAGGACAGGUCACAGUGACUCAGCAGCCUGCAGCAGUGACCUCUGCUAUUGGAGGCUCCGUCUCCAUCAGAUGCAGGACCAGUCAGAAUGUUUAUGUAGGGUCUUCAAGUGGUAAACCCUUGUUAUCCUGGUACCAACAAAGAGCUGGAGAAGCUCCUAAACUCCUCAUUUACAGGGCUAGCACUCGACAGUCAGGGAUUCCAAGUCGUUUUACAGGCAGUGGAUCAAACUCUGACUUCACUCUGACCAUCAGUGGAGUCCAGGCUGAAGAUGCAGCAGUUUACUACUGUUUGGGUAAUUUUGACUGUAGCAAGUAUGACUGCUUCACACAGAUGACUUUGAUCUGCGUCCUCAUCUGGACUCUCCUCUGCUGCUGCUUCACAGAGUCCAGAGGACAGGUCACAGUGACUCAGCCUGCAGCAGUGAGCUCUGCUGUUGGAGGCUCCGUCUCCAUCAGUUGCAGGACCAGUCAGGAUGUUUUUUAUAGCAGCCCAUACCACUUUUUAGCCUGGUACCAACAGAGAGAUGGAGAAGCUCCUAAACUCCUCAUUUACGGUGCUACCAAUCGAGCAUCAGGGAUUCCAAGUCGUUUUACAGGCAGUGGAUCAAACUCUGACUUCACUCUGACCAUCAGUGGAGUCCAGGCUGAAGAUGCAGCAGUUUACUACUGUCAGAGUGCUCACUAUAUCAACAGUAAAGAUGUGUUCACACAGUGAAAAAUGGUCGUACAAAAACCUCCCUCAGUCAGACUGAACAGAAACUGAACUGACUGCUGCAGCUGGAAGCUCCUGCAGAGACUGAUA